CAACAAAAUAACAAACUCACACCCUCUCUAGCUGAUAUUUCCCUGACUGGCACGCCCAAUUCUUGAAUCCCAAUGGCUAUAUAGCUAGAGGUUACGCCAAAUGGCUCGUCGUGUGGCCGUCCGCGCCCCAACUGCUGCUAGUCUCCCAGAUUCCUUCCGCAUCCCCUCAACCACCUUUUCGCUCGUCAAAGCCUUGGGAAAGCUAUCCCGAUCCUCCCUGCUUGACCUGGUAAUCCAAUGGCUAGAUGACAAAGAUGUCAAGGCCUUUCCGCCGUACCUUGGCCCUCGCAGUGUAGUCAAUUUUGUCGCGGAAGAGGAGGGCCUAAGUGCCUACCCACCCGCUGCAUCAGUGGAGGAGUUGAGGGCCAUAUAUGAGGACCUCCGGGACCGGAAGGGCGGCAAGAGGGAGGUGAUUGAUCGGAUCCUCGAGGGAGAUUGGAGGCAUGGGAUAUCGCUCCGUCAGCUUGCAAUGGUGGACAUGCGCUACAUUGAGGACCAUCCAGUCGGACUGCGGUGGACGGCGCUCCAAUUGGUUCCUCUCAAAGGCGAUUCCGCCCAGUCUCAGUCGGGAGGGGAUGCCUCCACCCCGUUCCCUCGAUUCCACGCCUCGACCUUUCUUAGAUCCAUCCAGCACGAAAUAUCUCCUCUCGUGAAGGCCCAUUACUACAUGUACCGCUCAAAGACGCUUCCAUUAACCUUUGUUCGCAUCUUCGUGGUCGACUCCCCCUACCAACAACCCCGUCAGUCCCCAUACAUUUACACCGACUCGUCAAGAAUAAUCUACCUCGCCUUCCCCGAUAGUACUCCAUAUAUAUAUUCCUCCCAGCUUUCUUCCCCGUCUCCUUCAGGCGCAAAGACCGCUACUGCGACGUCAAGCAAUGCACUUACAAUGGACACGCGCACCCUGCGUAGACUAGUGAAGGAUGCGAUACCGAAAGCCCUCUCGCGGCCCCAGCAACGAUAUACCCUCAAAACAACUUCUCUAACCGCUAAGAGCCUCCAUACUCUCCUCUCCCUGCGUGGACCCGGUAGGACGAAUUCCGCCAAUGGCGCAUUCACGGUGUUCGCCGAUGCGGUGGUUGAGGGAUGUCCUCUUGACCCACGACUUCCACAGUCUAUUGUGCAGGAGAACUACAAUGGUCAUGCUGGUAGUAUACCUGGGUACGCUGAAGGCGGGAAGGAAAAUAUACCUCUGCCACUGCCACAACCACAACCACAAUCACCCGGCAAAUCAGAGGCCGAUAUACAUAUUUCCGCUAUCGGACGUACGAGAAGGCCACCCUUCCAGCAAUCAGGAGGGGGCUUAACAGACACAACAGCCAUGCAGCUAGCAAAGAAACGAAAGCUGGCAGUGAGUUCUCGGUUUGGAACUGCUGGCGAUCAUCGACGGAUUCCUCCUCCAUGCGGCCCCCCAGCAGGAUUGCUCACCGAAAUACAAAAAAGCGAUAAGUCGCUACCAUCCCCGUCAUCAUCACAACCGCAGCCGCAGCCACCACCUCAGCCCGCUCCCGUCCCUUUGCCAGCCCUCGACCGUCUAGAAAUACAUCUCCACGACCCUCCCAUCCCAUCUAACCGCCAAGGCGGAGACAAAGGUGACGACGACGACGAUGACGAUGAGGAAGAUGAUGACGAUAAUGAAAGCUACAAAACUAGACCAGCAACUCUCUCCCUAACCUUCUUUGGCUCAGAUGUCAUCGCGGGUGUCCGACAACUAGCGGAGCUGGGAGUGGUUGAUCCCGCACGAAUGCCGAGCUGGAUGACAGGCGAGGACGGGGUGAGCGUGGCGUCUGUAAAGGGGGGGAGGAGGCGGAGGUGAUGAGAGAGAGUUUGUGUGGUUUGUUAUGCUGUACGCUGGACAACUAUAAAGUUUAUAAAGGGGAACAGAACUCUUUUUCUUUCUAUUCUUGUUUUCUGCGUUCGCUUGUCGUUUAGCUUGAAUUUGUUUGGGAGGGAUGGGGUUCGGGGUUAAGGGUUCGGGGGACUCAAGGAUGGUUUGUUAUAUAUAUGUUGUCACAUUUUAAGCGAUGGGAGGGGAGAGAGCUAGCUAUGUGCUUUAUCUUCUUCCUCUUCUUCCACUCCAACGGUUUUUUUU